CUAUCAUAGUAAGAUCGAAAUGGAAAUGAUAGUAAUCUCUCUCUGCUUAACAACCCUCUUAGCCUUUCUGUUCCUAAAAUCGUUUCAUAAAAAGAACACCACCACCAAACUUAACCCACCACCGUCUCCGUGGAGGCUUCCAGUGAUCGGAAACCUCCAUCAGCUCAGUCUCCACCCUCACCGCUCCUUCUAUUCCCUCAGCCUCCGGUAUGGGCCACUCAUGCUCUUUCACUUUGGCCGUGUCCCCACCCUUGUAGUCUCCUCUGCUGAUGCAGCUCUUGAAGUUUUGAAAACAAACGAUAUUAAGUUCUCCAACCGUCCAAAAACUAAAAUGGUCGAUAAACUUCUUAAUGGUGGUAGAGAUUUGGCAUUUGCCCCUUAUGGAGAAUAUUGGAGGCAGGUUAAGAGUUUAUGUGCUUUACAUCUCCUUAGCAAAAAAACAAUUCAGUCCUUUGAGUGUGUAAGAAAACAAGAGAUCAAUGUGAUGAUGGACACGCUUGAGAAAGCGAGCUCUUCCUCUUCCUCUUCGACUGUAAAUCUAAGCCAACUCCUCACCACUCUUACAAACGAUGUAAUAACUACAGCUGUCUUGGGAAGAAAAUAUAGUAGCGAGGAAGGUGGAAACAAUUCCAAUAACUUAGUGAGGAGGUUCAAUGAGCUCUUGGGUGCUUUCCCACUCGGCGAAUUCAUUCCUGUUUUGGCAUGGAUAGAUAGGAUCCGAGGUCUGGAUAAGAAAGUGGAGAAAGUGAAUGACGAGAUCGAUGUUUUUCUAGAAAAAGUGGUCCAAGAACAUGAAGAUCAUUCUGAUGAAGAAAUGUCAGCUUUUGUUGAUAUAUUGCUAUCUACUCAAAAAGAUAAGACGACACAAUUUGAGCUUGACAGAAAAGGCUUAAAAAUCCUCCUCGUGGAAUUGUUGUUUGCGGGAGCAGCAACAACGUUCACACUAAUGGAAUGGACAAUGACAGAGCUUUUGAGACAUCCAGAGUGUAUGAAGAAACUUCGAGAUGAGAUUCGUUCUGUUUCGACGCAUGAUUUAUAUGUAACGGAGAAAGAAGUCAAAGAGAUGAACUAUUUAAACAUGGUCAUCAAGGAAGUGCUCAGGUUACAUCCCUCUGGUCCACUAAUUCCUCGAGAGCUGAGGGAAGAUGUCAAAGUAAAUGGAUACGACAUAGCUGCAGGAACAAGGGUGCUAAUCAAUAUAUAUGCAAUCCAACGAGACACUGCAACUUGGGGAGCAGAUGCAGGAGAAUUUAAGCCAGAGAGGCAUUUGAAUUCGCUUUUGGAUUUUGAAGGACAAAACUUCAAGUAUCUUCCAUUUGGAUCAGGGAGAAGACGUUGUCCUGGAGACGGAUUAGCAAUGGCCUUGGUCGAGGUCGCAUUGGCUAACCUUGUGAAGAGGUUCGACUUGAGAUUCAAGUUAGGACCAAUAGGAGAUGAUAAGCCUGAUCUUGCUGAAGCAACUGGUCUCGAUGUUUGCCGCAAGUUCCCUCUUAUUGUCUCUCCAUUUUCUGCUUUGUCCUCCACGUAAAACUCUUUCUUCUAAAAAGUCCAACUGAUGUGUUUGGCACAAUUAGAGCUUGUUGCAUUUGUGGUGGCACUAUUGUGAAAAAGUGUUAUGGUUGGCUCUGUUUCUUCUUCGUCUGAUUGCCGCCUAUUGGUGGUCUUGAUUUUGUCCUUCUUUUUGAAUAAAAUGUCGAGAAAUAAUGUAUCAUGUCAUUAAAUUUUUGAAUAACUCUAUAUUUAAGUGUUUGUUUUUUA